UGACGUCAGAAGUCGUUGCACUCCGCCGAUAAAUACAGAGACUGACUCUCACAUCAAGCUCGUACAGCCACUGAGAUCAACUCCAACAGAGGAAAUCCAAUAUCUGGAAGACUAUGGCAGAAAAUCAGCCACAGAGUCCUGGUCCAAACAGUGGCACAACCGACUACCUGAGCAACGAAGACUACUUUAUGGCUUUAGCCUGUCUGUCAGCCAAAAGGAGCAAAGACCCUAACACACAGGUGGGGGCAUGUAUAGUGAACCAGGAGAAUAAGAUAGUUGGCAUUGGUCACAAUGGUAUGCCAAAUGGCUGUGAUGGUAAGCUACCGUGGUCCAGGGAUGCAGUCAACAAGCUUGACAAUAAAUACUUUUAUGUGUGCCAUGCAGAGCUGAAUGCCAUUAUGAACAAGAACAGUGCUGAUGUGAAAGGCUGCACCAUGUAUGUGACUUUGUUCCCCUGCAACGAGUGUGCCAAGCUCAUCAUCCAGGCAGGUAUUAGGGAUGUGGUCUUUCUUUCUGAUAAGUACCAUACCCUUGUGGAGACGGAAGCUUCCAGAAGGCUGCUCAGGACAGCAGGCAUACAAUUCGAGGAGUUCCAACCCCAGAGGGCUGAGAUUCCUAUUGCCUUCAGAUCCUUCUACGACCCUUAAACAGCAUGACCAUGGCAACACGCAAACCCCGAAUGAGGUGGAAGACUGCUGAGAUUGAAAGAGACUUUGAUGCCUCUUUUCUCUAUGUCUUCUUGCCGCUUGCUUUGCUUAAAGGAAAACUCAAACAUAUCUCGAGUUUACCUGACACUUUGCCCCUUGUGCAUGCUCCCACAUUUAUUUCCUUUUUAAGGUCCAGUGUGUAACAUUUAGGAAGAUCAGAAAUGGAAUAUAAUAUUCAUAUGUAUGUUUUUAUUAGUGUAUAAUCACCUGAGAAAAAGAAUUGUUGUGUUUGCGUUACAUUAGAAUGAUGUUGUCUCCAGAUGCUGCAGGUUGUUUCUAUAGUAGCCCAGAACAAACACUGGCUCCAAAUAAGGCUGUUUUUCACAUGUUUCUUGGCCACCAUAGUUUUCCCCUCACACUUGGAAAGGAAGGGUGAAACAAGUGAGUUGCAACCUGCAACUACAUCGCUAGAUUCCACUAAAUCCUAUGUUUUCCUUUACCUUAAAAACUACCUUUGGGUUUAGGAAUUCACGAGCACACUGAACACUCUUCAGUGUUUGAUUUUAAAAUCUUUUGUUUUGUGAUUCUUCUCAUUGCUCUCAGACCAGGUAAAACCCGAAAUCAGCAUUUUCCUCCUAGAAACAAGGUUCCAGACUAAUACAGACACACCUUAAUAUUAUGGUAAUUUGACAGUGGUUGCUGCCCAGUAAAUCAGUGAAUACUGGGAGCUGCUCAUUGUCACUGAGCAUCUUACCAUCCAACCACAAUACAAAGUUUCCUUAUCUCAACACACUAUUUAUAUAUUACUGUGUGCAUAUGGGGUUUUUAAUAUCAUUUAAGCAAUGUGUUCUGAAAGGUGUUGCUACAAUUUUUUUUGUAAUUGCAAUGUGUGGGUUAGGGUUUUUUAAUUAAAAAAUGUCUAAUUAUCACUCAAAACACAGUUUAUUUUUUAGAUUGCCAUCGUUUUCCUACUUUGUGCUCAUUUGCCACAGUCUUCGCAUGUGUGCCUUCCUAUUAAAUGACUUGGAACCA